UGAUAAUACCAACCUCAACCCUCCUCACCUCACAGGUACUAAUGGCAGCUUCUAAAACUUCAAUUUCAUCUCUCUUUCUCCUUUUUUUACUCCUGGCUAGAUCCUCAGCUUCCCUGAGCAGGACUCACCGUGCUCACCACCCUUGUAAAACCAUGAUAUUUUACUUCCAUGACAUCAUUUACAAUGGCAAGAAUUCAAAGAAUGCCACUUCAGCCAUUGUAGGGGCACCGGCUUGGGGGAACUUGACCAUAUUGGCAGGGCAAAACCAUUUUGGCAACUUGGUUGUGUUCGAUGAUCCCAUUACACUAGACAAUAAUCUACACUCAACCCCAGUAGGUCGUGCACAAGGCUUCUACAUUUAUGACAAGAAGGAUAUUUUCACCGCGUGGCUUGGGUUUUCCUUCGUUUUCAACUCAACCGAACAUAAGGGGAGUAUUAACUUUGCAGGAGCCGAUCCAUUGAUGAACAAGACUAGGGAUAUCUCAGUGGUUGGUGGCACAGGUGACUUCUUCAUGGCUAGAGGGGUUGCCACUUUGAUGACCGAUGCGUUUGAGGGGGAAGUGUAUUUCAGGCUUCGAGUUGAUAUCAAUUUGUAUGAGUGCUGGUAACAAGCAGUGCCGAUAGCAUUGUACUCAUCCUGGUGGAGUGUAGUUUUUUUUUCUAUGAAAAAUUUAAAUAAAGUUUUUUUGUGGCUUAUCAUUGUGUUA